GGCGCGCUGCUCCUCAGGUCUCUGAGCUCGGCCGCAGCUCGUCGCGGAGCCGGGCGACAGCGGCUCCCUCCGUCCCUCUGUCUGUCUUGGGGUUUGCCUGUCCCCGCUGCUACGCCAUGUCUUCUGUCGCCGCCGUGGUCCGGCGGCUGGCGCUGGCCGCGCUACUGGUGCUGAGUCCGGCGGGGGCAACGCGACAAACGCGGAGGCCCAACGUGGUGCUCAUCCUCACUGACGACCAGGACGUCUGCCUGGGUGGCAUGACCCCCCUAAAGAAGACUAAUGCUCUAAUUGCACAGAUGGGAAUAACCUUCCUAAAUGCAUAUGUUCCCAGUGCUCUUUGCUGUCCCAGUCGAGCCAGCAUUUUAACGGGGAAAUACCCACAUAAUCAUCAUGUUGUCAAUAACACUCUGGAAGGGAACUGUAGCAGCAAGUUAUGGCAGAAGAUCGAAGAGCCAUACACCUUCCCAGCAGUGCUCAAAGCUAUGUGUGGUUAUCAAACGUUCUUUGCUGGAAAGUAUUUGAAUGAGUAUGGAGCAGAAGAUGCAGGGGGAGUAGGUCAUGUCCCUCCCGGAUGGAGUUUUUGGUAUGCUUUGGAGAAGAAUUCAAAAUACUACAACUAUACUCUGUCGGUAAAUGGCAAAGCACGAAAGCAUGGUGAGAACUACAGUGUAGAUUAUCUGACAGAUGUACUGGCCAACAUGUCAUUGGACUUCUUGGAGUACAAAUCUAAUUUUGAGCCUUUCUUUAUGAUGAUCUCGACGCCGGCACCACACUCCCCUUGGACAGCUGCUCCGCAGUACAGCAAUAGCUUUCAGAAUGUCAGUGCACCGAGAAACAGCAAUUUCAAUAUUCAUGGAAAGAACAAGCACUGGUUAAUUCGACAGGCAAAGACUCCCAUGACUAACUCUUCAAUACAAUUUCUUGAUAACGCUUACAGAAAGCGGUGGCAAACUCUGCUGUCAGUAGAUGACCUGAUAGAGAAACUGGUGAAGAAACUGGAGCUGAACGGAGAGUUAGACAACACGUACAUCUUUUACACAUCAGACAAUGGCUUCCACACUGGUCAGUUUUCUUUGCCAAUAGACAAACGGCAGCUCUACGAGUUUGAUAUCAAAGUUCCGUUGCUUGUUCGAGGACCAGGGAUAAAACCAAACCAGACAAACAAGAUGCUUGUUGCAAAUAUUGACCUGGGUCCCACAAUUCUGGAUAUCGCAGGCUAUGACUUGAAUAAGACCCAGAUGGAUGGGAUGUCACUAUUGCCACUGUUGAGAGGAGACAAAAAUGUGACAUGGAGAUCAGACUUCCUGGUGGAGUAUCAAGGAGAAGGAUACAAUGGCAGUGAUCCUACUUGUCCUGGCCUAGGACCUGGAGUCACACACUGCUUCCCAGACUGUGUCUGUGAAGAUUCCUAUAACAACACAUACGCUUGUGUAAGGACACUCUCCCCUUCCUGGGACCUGCAGUACUGUGAAUUUGAUGACCGGGAGGUGUUUGUGGAGGUGUAUAACUUGACUGCAGAUCCACACCAGAUCAAUAACAUUGCUAAAACAAUUGAUCAAGAAAUUCUAGAGAAGAUGAACUAUCGGUUGAUGAUGCUGCAGUCCUGUUCAGGAGCAACUUGCCGUACACCAGGUGUCUUUGAUCCCGGGUACAGGUUUGACCCACGGCUCAUGUUCAGCAAUCAUGGGAUUCGGGCACGGAGGUUUUCUGCGGAGCCUUUAUGAGGCAAUUACAGCCUCUUCAAUCAGCUCCCACUGACCAGUUUCUCCAGUGACUGCAGCAGGUCUGUCUCUGUUACUCCCAUUGAUUGCAGCUGGAAGACUUUUAAUGGGCUAUUCAAACUCUGUUUGGAAGAAAACCCUUUGUCUUUAGCUGGUUGCCUUGUGCAAUAUGUAUAUUUUACAGCUGAACUCUAACUAAAUCAUUAGACACAGCUAAUCUGUCUUGCUCAGAUAGUUGAUUACCACCUUUGUCUUUCAAGUACCUUUUCAUAUCACAGGCACAGAGGUGAACCUAUGCCUAUGAAUCUGAACAGUUUUUGUUCCAAAAAUCAAUAAAUGCAUAUUUGAGUCGGGUUAGAUAGGCAGGUGCUAUUGCACAGUAAUGCUCACCACCCAUACUCAGUGUCACAGACUUUCUUGAAAGCUAUGUUUAAUUAUAGGUUUCCUGUAUCAAGCUCAAAGCUGUUAAAGACAAUGGCAAACGAGCCCAAAAUAGUGAGGUGUUAGUUGAAACCGUAGGAUCUGACUAGCAAAGUGUCCUGUGCAGAAUUAACAUCCAUAUGCUAAGUAUUC